AUGCCACCCAGACUGAACAAGAGGCAACAACGAGAGCUAGAGGAGCUUGAAGCAUUGAAGUCUGUGAAGCCCUCAGAUGUACAAGAAUCAAGCGAUGAGGAUCUUCCUGGUCCUUCUCAGGGACGCAGUGGUGGUGCAUUUAUGAAUCUCCUUGCACCGGAAGAUAGUGAAGAGGAAGAAGAAGAAAAAACAACGAAAUCGAAAAAGUCAAAGAAAAAGAAGAAAAAGGCCAUUGCGACAUCUACAUCUGAUGCGACCCCUCCUACCCCUACUCCGCCUCCUCCUGCAGCAAAAACACCUAGAACAAGUACACCCGUUCCCGCCCUCAAAAAUGAAAAGAAAGCCCAGAAGAAGGCUCGAGCAAAGGAAAAGAAAGCUGCGAAUGACGAGCUAGAUCAGGUGCUCGCCGAGCUCUCGAUACAGUAUCCACCGUCCCAAAAGAUAUCACAAUCUGCAGCUGGAAAACAAUCGCUCGCUGAUCUUCUCUCGGUUUCACUGCAGCAUCUAGAUGGAGAGGCCGAAAUGAGACGGUUCUUCGGAUCCAGGGUAGUACAGGCUAGCAGAGAGGAAGGGCAGUCAGCAGGGCGGAAGAAACCUCCCCCCGUUAAAUCCAACCUGACCCGACCUCAGCCCAGUUGGUGGGCGGCGAAAGGCCGUGAGGGUCUUUCCCUCCAUGCUUAUACGGACGAUGAGACUAAUGCCAAGCUCAUACGACAAAAUUGGACACCCAUGCAGGAGAAGUGGUGGACUGUGGAGUAUAGUAAAAAGUACAAGAGUAUGACCAAGGCUUUUAUGGAUACUGUUCUUUCCGGAGACCCUCAAGGAUUUUGGGACCUUCUUGGAACACUGCCGUGGCAUGCAGAUACACUUCUCCAAGUGUCUGAAGUUUAUAGACAUCGAGACGAGCACGCUCAGGCUGUUGAUUUUGUGGAUAGAGCGCUAUUUACGUAUGAGCGCGCUUUCAUCGGCGCGUUCACCUUUACGACGGGUCUUAACCGACUCGACUUCGAUAGAGUUGAAAACAGACCAUUUUACCUUGCCCUACAUCGUCAAAUUACCGACCUUCAACGUCGUGGAUGCGUGCGUACUGCGUUUGAGUUCUCGCGUCUGAUGUACUCCCUCGAUCCUUGGAAUGAUCCUCACGGAGCGUUGUUGCACCUGGACUUCCUCGCGACCAAGGCGGGAAUGCACCAGUGGCUUCUUGAUAUGUUUGACGUUUUCGUCGAGAGGCAAAAGCAGAAUGCAGAAACGGAAAACAUGCGGGCGAAUCCUUCACUAUUACCUGGAUGGGUAUACAAUAGAGCGUUGGCUUUGAAAAUCGCAGAAGAUGCAGCCAAAAAUCCUGACCAUACUGAAAGCACACUGGCGCUUAGAGAGGCGGCACGGGAUUUUCCGUCCGUCGUCCCACUCCUCGCUGAUAAGUUGGAUAUUUCCCUUCCCGGGGAAAUUCGUGGACAUCGUGAUUUCAAGAUCUUGACGGAUUCAUCCUCUUUGCCGCCUGCCGAAGGAAUUUUACAUCUGCUAUCUCAUCUCUAUGUCCAACGCUCUUCGCCAAUAUGGAAAGAUCACGCUGGGUGGUUCGAAUCUACCAUAGCAGAAGAGUUCACUCAUCUCUCCUCUGGAGCACUGCCAUCAACCGAAAGACGAAAGGCUUUCCUUGGACAGUACACUAACCGCAAUCUCCAAUUCGCCGUUUACCGGCACAUUAUGGUUCUUGAAACGUCGUAUCGCCGCUUGUUCUCGUUUAUCCCACGACAGGUGCUUGAGGCCAAGUCACUGGCGUGUGACCCACUUCCCCCGCCUACGGCUGUGAGUCAGUACGAUGAGGCGUUCUUUGGCGGUGUGGAUGAUUUGUAUUCGCCACGGCUGAGGACGAGGAGGCAGCGUCAGCUGGAGGAACGGAGGUUGGCGCAGCUCAUGCCGGAUGCAGCCUUCCGUCAACAAUUACAGGGGUUCUUCGAUGCCAAUCCCCACUUCGCGGAGAGGUUCCCAGGGGGCAUUCUCCAGUUCGCACAAAUGGUGGGUCAGCUGCCGGCUGACGUCCUUGAAGAUAUGAUGCUCGUUGAAGCUGCCGCUGGAAACGGAAAUAAUAAUGCAAUGCCCGGAGGAUUCGACGAAGAGGAAGGAAUGGAAGAUGAUCGUGCUGGAUUUGCGUUUGCUGAAGUCAACUUCAACCCUGCACCACCUGUUCCGGGUAAUGUUGCUCAUCACAUGCCUGCAAAUAUAGACCAGGAAAGGCAUGAAGACUUGAAUGAGGAGCAAGGUGAAGAAGCCGCAGAGGAUGAGGAUGAGGAUGAAGAUGAAGAAGAGUACUCGCCCAUGCCUAGAGUCAUACGCAACAUCUUGGGAAGAUUGUGGGGAAGGAAUCAACCCGAGGAGUCAUCAUCUGAAGACGAGGCACCAUUAGAUGAUACAGGCGUGGAUUAG